AUGGACACGCUUAGGAAGUUUCUGCGGGUAAAAAGAAAGUCUGAAUACAUAACGGACAUAGGAAAGAUAAAGAUAACAAAGCGUGAUAAAAGGAAGAUAAACCGAUUUAAGAACAAUCAGUCAGUUGGGCCCUUUGUAAUUGAGAGACCAAAUCUGAGUGUCUUUGUGUGUGAUACACGCUCUGAGCCACUUAUCUCACGAGUCACUACGGAAGAGGUUGAGGAAACCCUGCGCAGGCAGAAGACAUCAGAGAAGAUUUUCCUGGAGAAGCACAAGAGAAGACACUCCAGAAGAAGAAAAGAGACGGUUGAAGAUUUGGAGGAUCUUUGGGGAGACCAGUCUGGAAACUCAGAAAACAUGAAUAGAAAGCUGAGCAGAAAGACAGAGAGACCAAAGGACACAGAUGCAUACGACCAAGAUGACUUAAACUUGCGCACGGACAGAGAGGGCAUCUGGAAGCACGUCCACUUCUACAAGGACUCUAUAAGAAGACCGAGAGUCUACCAGGCAGAGCUUGAAGGACUCUACAAGAAGCUCUCUCCCAUUAAGGUGAAGGUGCCUGCAGACACAGAAAUACCGACGAAGACGUACACAGAUAUUGUAUACAAGGAAAAUCUAAGAGAUGUGACAAGCAUGGCAUGCGGCAUCUACUAUAUCGCAGUGCACAGUUCAUCUGUCUCUAUAAGAGAUGCAGACGGGUACAUGCCCAUACGAAAUGUCAAAUUAGUGACAGAGACAGAAGACGUGCUGAUCAGAUGUGCAUAUUUGUCGCCUGAUGAAAGCAAGCUAGCAAUAAUUACAUUUGGGCAUGGGGUAAUUAUAUGCGCAACUGACAGGCUGCUUAACUCAUCAAAUGAGAAUGAAACCAUAAAUAUUAACAAAAUCUCACAGGAGAACCCAGCAGACGCAAAGGAAUCUGCAAGCUACGAGGACUGCUGCAGAGUGUUCCCAGAUAAAACAUUCAGAAAGGGGGCAUGGCACAGGAGAAGUAUUUACUUUGCAGGAAUACUGCACGGGAAAGUGGUCAUCAUAAAUACAAAACAGAAGAAGGCAGUUGUCUUCUAUAAGGGAACACAGAACAUCCAGCACGUAGAAUUCCAUCCAACAAAGAGCAUUCUUAUUAUGAUGGCGCCUUCUUGCAUUCUGUUCUACGGGCUGUCUACUAAACGAAAGGACAGCAAGAAAACAAUCUACCACAUAACAGCAGCAAAUACUCUUUCUAUUUCACUAGGCACAGAGACAAUGUACAUUGGUACGGCUACCUCUCAGGUUCAAAUAUUCCAGCUCACAAAAGAAUUCGAUGCAAAGUUCAUUCGUGCAAUAUACACGCAAGAUACGCCCAAAAGAAUCUCUUUGCACAAGAAAUACGGAUACGCUGCUGUGUUUGAUGGAUCCCCCACCUUUUUAGUCUACGGGAAUGGAUCAAACACAACACUGCCUCCAAUGGAAAGAGCAGGGGCCAUUCACAAGUACACCCACCCAUACAGAUCUGGAAUAUUCCACGAGACCCAUCCGAAGGCGCACUUCACUCUGUCUAAUAAGCUGAAUACACUCUACCCAGAAUAUAAUCCAGUUAGUUCUGCUGCCAUUCCGGCAUCUUAG